ACGAUUACAAAAGAGGUUGCAACCGACGAUAACAAAAGAGGUGUAACCGACGAUUAUAAAAGGGGUGCAACCGACGAUUACAAAAGAGGUGCAACCGACGAUAACAAAAGAGGUGUAACCGACGAUUACAAAAGGGGUGCAACCGACGAUUACAAAAGAGGUGCAACCGACGAUUACAAAAGAGGUGCAACCGAUGACUACAAAAGGGGUGCAACCGACGAUUACAAAAGAGGUGUAACUGAUGAUUACAAAAGAGGUGCAACCGACGAUUUCAAAAGAGGUGUAACCGAUGAUUACAAAAGAGGGGCAACCGACGAUUACAAAAGAGCAGCAAACGAUGAUAACAAGAGAGGCAGUUUUAGCUUCGAUGUUAGCUUCUUGAGAGGCCUAAGGCAGGGCUAAGAAAACCAUCGGAUAAAAAGGAAUAAAACGGUUCGCAAUUGCUAUGGCAACGACUGAUUGUACCCGGACUACGACACAGAUCUGUAGAACUCCUUUAGAACUCAUACUUGUUUUAUCCAUUUGCUGUUCAACUGCACAACAAAUUAUAAAAUAAUUCCUUGCAAAUAAAUGCAUUUUUCUCAUAAAAUAUGUUUUGUGUGCC